AUCGGUAGUUGGACCGCACAAAUUAUACCAUAGCAACUCCAUACACAAUACCAAUGUUAACUAUUUAGUGAAGCCUAUAAUCUAGAUAUUAAUUAGCCUAGAUAUCUAUAAGUUUAGCGAGGUGAGAAUCCUACGCAACUGAAAACAAACAAGGAAUAUGUCUAAAGGUACAACAAUUAAGGAAGCUCUGGCCAAAUUUGAAGAAAAAAAUGGUAAAGCCAGUGAAUGCAAAGAAGUAAAACUGAUUGGAAUUUGUCCACCAAUAGAAAAAAUGGAUGCAUCACUGUCAACACUAACGAACUGCGAGAGACUUUCUUUAUCAACCAAUGCAAUUGAGAAAAUAGCAAAUCUAAAUGGCCUAAAAAAUCUAAAAAUUUUGUCCCUGGGCAGAAACAAUAUUAAAAGUUUGACAGGAUUGGAAGCAGUUGGUGACACCCUGGAGCAGCUGUGGAUUUCUUACAAUUUGAUUGAGAAACUGAAAGGAAUCAACGUCUUAAAGAAGCUAAAGAUACUCUGGAUGUCCAACAAUAAAGUGGCAGACUGGGGAGAGUUUAAUAAACUGACUGAGAUGCCAUGUCUUGAAGAUUUACUUUUUGUUGGGAAUCCUUUGGAGGAGAAGCACUCGUCUGACGGCACAUGGAAAGAUGAAGUAGCGAAAAAGUUACCCAAGCUCAAGAAGUUAGAUGGUGUACCAAUAGUCAGACAGGAGGAGGAGGAGUAACUCUAGUCAAACUGUGUUGGCUCAUGUGCAGAAGUGGAGGAAAGCUGGAGAAUCAAAGUUUUGGAUGAUUUACAAAUUUGGAAGGAUUAAAGGGAUGAUUAAGAUAAUUGGAAGGUCUGGCCAAGAGGAAUGUUAAAUGUUAUCCACACUCACAAAAUAUUUUUUUUUAAGUAAAAAGAUCUUGUUAUAUCAUUUUUUACAUUUCUUGUAUGUAUCUAUUAAACAUUUUUAAAAAAAAAUGAUUUUGUGCCGAAUUAAAUUUAAGAUGUA